CACUACACCAGUAUUACUUUUAUCAUUCAAAUUUACAUUCUCUUAUGAACUUAUAAAAUCUAAUGUAAUAACUUGGAGGACAUCCAAAUCCAUCACCUGAUACUUCCAUUCCAGAUACAGCAGAAUAAGUCACUAUUAGUGCAUUAGCAUUAAUUAAAAUGCUUAAAGUAUAUUUCAAUCUAAUCAUUUCACUAGCAUGCUCGAGCAGGUAUUCCAUUUGAAGUCAUGGGUCUUCUAUUAGGUGAUAUUGUUGAUGAUUAUCAUAUCAGAGUUUAUGAUGUAUUCUCUAUGCCUUAAACUGCCAGUAGUGUCUCCGUUGAAUCUGUUGAUCCCAUUUUCUAAUAAAAAAUGGUUGAACUUCUUAAUUUAACUGGUAGAAUGGAAAAUUGUAUUGGAUGGUAUCAUUCACAUCCAUCCUAUGGUUGCUGGCUUUCUAGUGGUAUCUCUUUAUUUAUUAAUAUUCAAUAGUCGAUAUCAAUACAUAAUAAUCAUAUGAAUAGUUGAAUAAAAAAUCUAUUGCUGUUGUUAUUGAUCCAAUUCAAUCUGUUCGAGGAAAAGUUGUCAUCGAUGCAUUCAGACUCAUUCCUUAAUCAAGUAUUAUCACAUCUUAAGAACCACGAUAAACUACAUCAAAUACAGGACAUCUAUAAAAACCUGGACUUGAAGCAUUACUUAGAGGACUCAAUAGAUACUAUUAUUCUAUUAACAUUAAAUUUAAAUGCAAUGAUCUAGAAUAAAAGAUGCUUCAAAAUUUAUAUAAAAAUAGCUGGACUGAAGGAUUAAAGUAAUUUAAUAAUUAUAUUUAGAUGCAAUUCCGCUUUCGAAAAUAGCAAUAGAAAUGAAUUAUGUGUAGAAGAAAUGUCUAAACUAGCUUCUGAAUAUUAAAAAUUAAUUGGUAUUGAAUUUCUUAAUAUUCAGAGGAUGAAGCAAAAAAAGGUGAAUAGGAGACUAAAAUUAAGAAUACUGGAAAGAAAGAUCCUAAAAGACAUCUUGGUUUGAAAGUAGAUGAAUUGCUGGAUGAGAAUUUAAAUGCAAUAUUAGGAAGAAUGAUGGCUACUAAAGGAUUUUGA